CACUGAUAGGUGGCACUGACUGACAUCACUGCUGGGCACUGACUGGCGGCACUGCUGGGCACUGACUGGCACAACCGCUGGGCACUGACUGGUGGCACUGACUGGCAGCACUGCUGGGCUGCACUGAUGGGCACUGGUGGGUGGCACUGGUGGGCACAGGUGGGUUGGCACAGGUGGGUGGCACUACUAGGCACAGGUAGUUGGCACUUCUGGGCACAGGUGGGCGGCACAGGUGGGCGCACUGCUGGGCACAGGUGGGUGCAUUGCUGGGCACAGGUGGGCGGAUUUUGUGUGUGGCACUGCUGGGCACCGAUCAUCAGGGCACUGAUGAUCAGUGACCCUGAUGAUCGUUGCCGUUCCCUGCUCUGACAACUGCCGGUUUUCGGCAGUACUUUCCUCACGAUCUGACAGCGUGAGGAAAGUGCAGCCGAGAACCGGCAUUUGCAU